GGCUCACCAGGACGUAAUGCGAGGCUGGGUGCCUUCGUUGCAGGACGCUGACAUCGGCCCCCUCCAUCACCAAGUCAUAUAGAGUUUCCGAAAUCAUGGAAGGUGCUUUUCACAGUCCUUCAGGUCUUUGAAGAGGGAGCAGGAGUGCUGUGGGAGGGGGCCAGCAUGGUGGAGUUGUGGUUGAUCGCGGCCCCCCUGGACCAGGCCAGCCUGAAGGCCAUGAAGAAGCUGAGCAGCCCGAUAUCCAAAGCCGGCCUGGCCCACAGCUUCAAGUUCUCAGUUCCAGAGCUGAAGGUGGGCAAUCUGGAUAUUCUUCUAACUGUGUCUGAGGAGCUCGCUCAGCUGGAUAGCUUAGCAGAGAGGAUGAUCCACAACAUGUCUCUGUGGAUACUGGAACUGAUGGAUCCUGACAGGGACAAAAAUGCCACAGCCAAUGGAGCAUUUAUGUCAUCUUUCUCUCCGUCAGAAUUGAAGACACACAAAAAAAACGCCCAGUCCCUCGGGAAGGAGUACUUAAAGGCCUUGUUGGCUGACUUUGUUGGCUAUGCGACUUGCUUCCAGUGGGACAGAGCCAAGUACCCAAAUAUGCUUCCCCUGAGCAGCCUUACAGAAAUCUUCACCAAGCAACUGCUCCAGACGGAGGCCGAUUUCAUGUCCCGCAGCACGGCCUACAGGAAAAUGCAGGACAGCUUGGAGAUACUGGCAGGCAAGAAGGACGCGAGCCUGGCGACACGUGCUCUCUUUGAGGUCGUGACGGAGGAGGACUUUGUGCUGGACUCGGAGUAUCUCACCACGCUGCUGGUAGUGGUGCACAAGAGGGACUAUGCGCAAUGGGAGAAGACCUAUGAAUCCUUAUCAGAGUUUGUGGUACCUCGAACUAGUAGGAAGGUGCUGGAUGAGCCAGAGGGAGGGAUUUUCACCGUCACCUUGUUCAAAAGGGCCGUGAGCGACUUCAAGGCCCGAGCCGCAAAAAACAGGUUCAUGGUGCGAAACUUCUCCUUCGAGGAAUCGCAAAAACAACGGAAGGAGAUGAUGAGCCUCAAAAUCCAGAAGAAGGAGAUUUCUGGGAUCUUAGUAGGUUGGCUCAAAGCACAAACCAGAGAGACCUUCAUGGUCUGGAUCCACCUGAAGGCAUUGAGGCUUUUCGUGGAAUCGGUGCUCAGGUUUGGUCUCCCCGUGAACUUCAAGGCUCUCCUACUGCAGCCCGAAAAGAAGAACAGCAAGAAGCUGAGGGAACUUCUCAGCUCCUUGUUCAGCCAUCUGGAUAUGACUCCAGCAGCAGGAGACCCCAGUGAGGGCAUGGACAUCCCCAGCAUGAGCUCACAGGAGUACUACCCCUAUAUCUGCUUCAAAGUGGACAUCAACCUGAUGGAGAGCUAGGGGGGGGGGGGGUCACCCCAUCUCCACGAGACUCAACUUGCUCACGACCUCUGAACCCCAGAGAAGGAUCGGGAAAAUGAAACCCCAUAUGUCCCACAACCCCCAACUAUCAUAACGGCCAGGCUAGAUGUUACUACAAGAUCACUGGAGGUUCUGGAGAAGCAGGAGCACUCACAUUUCAGGAGUAUGCCUGAUAAAGAGCCCUGAUGUUUAUCGAGAUUUUGGGCACCUCACAAUCUAGGUCAGGAGUAAAACAAACAACAAAAAAAAUGUUUUUAAUUACCUGCUUUAUUCUUCCUCUUGCUGAGGUUUUGCAGACCCAC